ACCCCGCAGGGCGGGCUCGGGGCGCUGGCCGCGGGGCCGCUGCGCCGCCGCCGCCUCCUCCCGCCCCCCGGAGACACAAGGAGCGCCUUCCUCGGAGGCGGGGAGACAAAAACAUUCAGAUGGCAGAUAACAGCUUUUCAGAUGGAGUUCCGUCAGAGUCCUUGGAGGCCGGGAGAGAUGCAAGGGCCACAGAGACACUCACGGACCAGGUGAUGCAGAACCCUCAGGUCCUGGCAGCCUUGCAGGAGCGGCUCGACAGUGUCUCCCACACUCCUUCCAGCUACAUUGAGACUUUACCUAAAGCGGUAAAAAGAAGGAUCAACGCACUGAAACAGCUGCAGGUGAAGUGCGCUCACAUAGAGGCCAAGUUCUACGAGGAGGUCCAUGACCUGGAGCGGAAGUAUGCGGCGCUGUACCAGCCUCUCUUCGACAAGAGAAGGGAGUUCGUCACUGGCAACGUCGAGCCCACAGACUCGGAAGCGGAGUGGCACAGCGAGAACGAAGAGGAGGACAAGUUGGCUGGAGACGUGAAGAACAAAGUAGUCAUAGCGGACAAAGAGGCCGCAGCAGCGGAGGAGCCCAGCCCCAAAGGCAUCCCGGAGUUCUGGUUCACCAUCUUCAGAAACGUGGACAUGCUGAGCGAGCUGGUCCAGGAGUACGACGAGCCGAUCUUGAAACACCUGCAGGAUAUUCAAGUGAAGUUUUCAGAGCCCGGGCAGCCGAUGUCCUUCGUGUUGGAGUUCCACUUCGGGCCCAACGACUACUUCAGCAACGCGGUCCUGACGAAGACCUACAAGAUGAAGUCGGAGCCGGACAAGGCGGACCCCUUCUCCUUCGAAGGGCCGGAGAUUGUCGACUGCGACGGGUGCACCAUCGACUGGAAGAAGGGAAAGAACGUCACGGUCAAGACGAUCAAGAAAAAGCAGAAGCACAAGGGCCGCGGCACCGUCCGAACCAUCACCAAGCAGGUCCCCAACGACUCCUUUUUCAACUUCUUCAGCCCGCUCAAAGCCUCUGGGGAUGGAGAAUCACUGGAUGAAGAUUCCGAGUUCACGCUGGCCUCGGACUUCGAGAUCGGACACUUCUUCCGUGAGCGGGUAGUCCCGCGGGCCGUGCUCUACUUCACGGGGGAGGCCAUCGAGGACGACGACAACUUUGAAGAAGGCGAAGAAGGAGAAGAGGAGGAACUAGAAGGAGAUGAGGAGGGGGAAGACGAGGAUGAUGCCGAGGUGAACCCCAAGAAGGAGCCCGGCCAGCCCUCCGAGUGCAAGCAGCAGUGAGGCCCCGUCCCGGCGGCGCCCGCACCGGACCUGUCUCCUCGUGCAUGGUGUUCACGCUCCCUCUCCCUCCGUCCUUACGGUUUUGCUUAACCUGUGCAGUGGCAGCUUAAACGCAUUUCAGAAGUAGGGGGUUUAACGCCCGCACCCUCCUCGGCCUUGGGUGCAGCUCGUAGACUUUCCCAGGCCUGGCUUGGGGGCCCGUAGACCACAGGGGUGGGGGUAGAGGGUCACCCGAGCCCAGGGCAGACGUCUGGGGAGCCUCUGCUCCUGCCUCGUUUGAAGACGCCACACGCUUCGUUCCAGCCACCUGUCUUCUGUGUCUGACGCCUCGGAGGAGCCAGGGGGUGGGGCCCGUUCUCCUCGGCGUGUUCGUUCUGCGGUUCUUGUUUUCCUCGGGGUGGGGGUGGGGCCGGGGCGCCCGCGGCGCUGAGGCAGGGCCUGUGUGGUCGUCCUUGUAUUUAUUUGUCGUCCUGUGCCGUGAGGACUCGGGGCGCCGGCGGCCCCCGUCCUGGAGUGUCUGAAGCCACACCUGUGACUGGAGCCCUGGCGACCUGACUGGCAGGAGCGGUGGCGGCUCCCCGGGAGCGGGCCGUGCGGAAGAACGCACUUCGCCGCCUCCUGCCGCCCACUGCCCUGGCGGGGCCGUCUCCCCGCCCCUGCUGUGGGGACCCUUGGCCCGGUGGGGUUGGGGGCAGGGCCAGCCAUCCUGUGUAAGUGUCGUCUCAGCAGCUCCCGGUCGUCGGCCCACGCCCACCUUGUCUUAAAAGCCCUGGGCUCAGCGAGACCUGUCCUUGGCUGGCGUGUGGGGUGUCUGAGUGUGUGACCGCGGUCCCUGGCAGCCAGGAUGCCGGGUCCACACUGUGCCCAGGCCUGGAGAGUGCUCAGCCUUACUCAAGACACAUUUGUAACUGAAGACUCCGUUUUCAAUUUGUACAGAAUAGCUAGAGUAUUCUAUUAAAGUUGUGGAACACGGA